AAAAUAUGAUUUUAACGUUGAUUUUAGUCCUUCAGACGACUGGGACAUUGUUUGGUGCACAAAUUUUACCUGACCCUGAUUUGAAAGCUAUACUUAAAGGAAAGAAGGGGAAUGGAGUUAGAAAAAAGUCAAGAUUAAAUGAAGAAAAUAAAAGUGAUUCAGGGGGGAAUACAAAUGAAAAUGUUCCUGAAAAAUGGCUCGUAGAUGCGAUAUUUUAUGACGAUUACCAAUCAGAUGCUCCUGCUGCUCCAAAUAUGGCGUCGGAAGAUGUGUGUCCGCCGGUUCCGGAUGUUGUAUCAAAUGACGCAUGCGCACAUAAUUCGUGUCAAAGAGAUACCGAUUGUUCGGAUGGAUACAGUUGUUGUUUUACCGGAUGCUCUUUUACGUGCCUUCGUGAAGUUCAACCAGCCGCUCUUGUCGACUGGCGGAAGGAACCAAGAAGAUCAAGAUCUGGAAUAUCCUGGUUGAUCAACAGACCAAUUAAUGACGAUUCCUCCAAUGAAGUUGAAACAUGCAGCACCAGUCCCAUUGAAUCUGACGAGGACCCUCUAUUAUGCCCCCAGGGAUAUUUCUGUCACGUGACUGAUCCUGGAAAUAUAAAGGAUGGAAUACCAAACAGCGGAUAUUGCGUAAAACAUAACGAAGAAAAAUAUUCCCCUGGAGAAGAUAAUCUUGUAAUUACAUCAUCAUUGAAAAAGAGAAAGACGUGUGCAGUUGACGAUGUUAUAUUAUUACAUGGUGCAAAAAUACAACUGAAAGAUAAAUUUUGUCGCUGUAAAAAUGGACAUCUUUCAUGUAGAGAAAGAGGUAGAACAUCUAAAAUAAAGAAAAAAUAUAAAAACAAUAAAAGUAAUACAAGAAAUAGAAAAGAAAAACGCCAAAGAAAAGGUAAAAACAAGACGCAUUCCAGAGAGACCUGAUAAACUUUACUUAUCUAGUUACAAAGACAUGUUAUCAAUUAAAUUAUUUCCUUUAAACUACAAACACCACAAUAACAGAUACUGGAUUGAGCUCGUCAGUGGAGGAAAUUACAUCAUAGGAUUUCAUGACAAUGUCGUUCUUUUAUUGCCAUUCCUGUGAAAGAAUUUAUAUACAUAUAUAUACAAUUAUUCUAAUAUUGGAAGUGUAUACAAGAAUUUGAAAAUCCCAGAUACAAAACUACUGGCAAAUACAUAGAAAUUCAUUUACUAUGCUUUUAAAAUCACAUUUUAAAUAGAAAUACGUAGCUCUUAAUUCUUAAGUUUAUGUUUUAAGCACACGCUUCUUCAUUGUCGCUUUUCGCAAAUUAUUGUUACAACUUCCAACGCGAAAAGAAACUCAUAUUGUUUCAUUAUUUUGAAUCAGUGUGCGCCUAUUUUGAAAAUUGU